AACUCUCAUCGGCUCGCUCUUCCUCGAGAGUGAUCUCUCGUCUGCGUGGUACUGGUCGAACAUCGUCCAUGACCUAUAUGCAAUGCCGACCCCCGAGCUGCGUGAUGUCGGCAUCAUCCUGCAGGUUCUCGAGAACAAACAAUACGACUUAUUAGAAGUCACUCCGGCGGACAUUCUCUUUCAGCGCUUUCGCAGCUCGCUCGCCGGCCAAGACUGGAUGCGGCUCGUCAAAUGUCUCGCACGCUUCCCAGCUCUGCAGACGCUCCGGCUCGAGAUGGAGCUCCAGCCGUACCCUAUCGCCCGCGGAAGGCUCUCCAGCGAUAUUCCGGGGUGCAUCUGUGUUACGCAGGAGGUUGCAGCUGCCAGCCUUCCCGCGGCUGUUCUAGCAAUGGCCAAAGUAAGCGUGGUUUUGGGCUACUGUGCCUAAGCUGUGAAGAAACACCAGAGGCAGGUUCAGUCUUCCGCACAUGCAAUGUUAUCUUGGCCACACCGCGAUAUCGGCACUACAUCUAAUUCUGUGACAGCCUUAGUGUCAACUGCAUAUCGUAUCGUACGGUGACCAGAGUCACAUGUAUGACCAUGCCCAAUAUGGUGAUAAUAUGUGAAAGCCUUCAAGAAUGUCACUUUCUUCUACAU